UCAGUCAAUCUGUCAACAGUUCAGUCAGUCACUCUUAUCAGCUAUUAAUUUUCAGCAUUUUCUUUUUGGGAAAACCCAAAUUACGUAUAUUUAAUUCUAAAUACAUUUCUUGUAAUUUAUUCAGAUCCCAUUUUUUGUAUGACUUACUCUGUUUGGCUGUUUCCUAAUCUAAGUAAAUACCUAUAUCAAGUUGUGUGUAAAAUUGAUUUUUUAUUUUAUUUUGUUAUAACGUGGCUUAUUCUUAAUAAUAGCUAGUACACUAUUUGUGUGACGUCGCACAAUUUAAUAAUUGAACGUGCUAUAAUGUGAAAUGUGAAUUAAUUAAGAUUGUUGAGUGAUGGAUGAGAGCAAUAAAAACUCUCCUUGUAAGGCAUGCAAUGAGGAUGCAGAGGGCGUGCAGUUGCAUGCUGAAGUGGAGCAUCUACGGCAACAUCUCAGCGAGAGGGAUGCCCACAUUGUAGCUAUAGAGAGCGAGUACAUCAAGUGCACUGCUAGAGCCAACGAUUUAGAGGAACAACUCAAUACGUGGCGGGAGAAAUACGAGAGAUUGUAUGAUUCACACAAACGAGUACAAAAGUUAAAUCAAGUCUUAGAAGAUAAGUUAUUGCAAAUGGUAGACAAAAUGAAGGGAGAGAAGAGUCAGCUGACCAAAGAUAUUGCCACUUUGUCAGUAAGGCUUGCAGAGUCUAAGCAUAACUACAGUAUGCUGCAAAAAGAAAAUGAGAGAUAUAAAAAUGACAUGAAUCUAGCAAUCCAGCUGCUACAAUGUAAACCUGAUAACUUUGUAUCUCAGAAAUUGGAUAAUCUUCCUGUUGAUACUCAGGCACGAGUUUCACAAUAUGUAAUGUCGAAAACAUCAAAGCCAUCUAGUUCUACUCAGUCAAAAAAUGGUAAUGAGAAUGAUACCUUUGACGCAAGUGAGUACGAAUUUAAUAUUUCGGCCUCAUUAAUGUCUAAAAUACUUGAAGAUAGCAUUCAAGAUACUGUCACUAAACAUUGUGAUACUUGUACAUGUGCUAAAUCGCAAAGUAAGCCAUUCUGUUACAAUGACAGUUAUUAUUCUGUAGGCACACAAACUUUAUUAACUGGAGAAAUAAAGAAUUCACUUUGUAUGAAUUGUAGUUCUGAAAUAAAGUCUGUACAUUCCAAUUUAAGUACUAGAAGUGUUUCACCACAUGGUAUUAAACUUGUGGAUGACAAAAUUGUGAAUCGUGGUACUGCUAGUUCCAUGUAUUCACCUCAACCUGUUUCUGAAAUGAAUAAUGAAAAUUUUGAAAAUGUUGUUGAUAAAAUUAAUGUAAACUUUAUAAUUAAUGACAAAGAAAAUAGUCAUAUAGAUGUUUCGCAGAAUAAUGAUGAUCAAAACCUUAUGAAAAAGAAUGUUAACACAAAUAUAGAACCGACAGUCCAUCAUAAGCUCUGUGACCGUACAAAAACUUCAAUUUCUAGCAAAAUAAGUAGUAGUCAUAGUGUAAGAAAUGAUGAUUUACUCAUUAAAGAUGCUCCCAAUACUAAAGGUCUUCAUAUCAAAGAUUAUGGUCGAACUGGAGAUAGUUCUAGUCUCAGAAAAAAUUCACAAAGUUCUAUGGGAGGAAUAAGCAGAACGUCGUCAAUAGCUAAAUCGACGGUAAGUACACAUAAGUCCAAUACUCAAGUGGGCCCUGGACCAAGGUUUUGUCAUUUACGUAUGCAAGCUGGCUCUAAAAAUAUCUUGCUAGACAACGCGGAACCUGAUGUACCACCUGUUUUAUACAGGAGACAAAGUAAAUGUAACGAGAACUCAAUAUUCAAAGAUCUGAAUGAUGAUCUAGAAAAUUUCAUAGAUUUAGAUAAAACCAAUGAUAAUAAUACAAAUAUUAUUAAAAAUGAUAAUAUUGUUGUAGAAAGUACGCUUAUCGAUGUUCAUGUUGAUAGCAAUAAUAAAGAUUCUAACACGAUCACUAAAGGCACAACUAUAAAUCCUGUAUUAUUGAAUGUUUCUUCUAGUCCGUUACAACCAUUAAAAACUCAUAACUUCUCUAAUGGUUCAGAACAUAACAACAAUAACAAUUCUCUGAGUAUUGGUAGUCAACAGAAUGCUUCUGGAAUUGAUAACCUGCUAAGUGAUUUUAAUCCUGAUUCUAGUAACAUUCAAAAUAAUAACACAAAUGAAGAGACUAAAAAUCAAGAAAUUGUGACUCCUGUAGAUAAUCACAAUGUUAAGAUAUUUAAUUUCGAUAGAUAUGAACAAAACAAGUUAGCUAGUCAAUAUAACAGGCCUUUGAGAAAGAUAGAUAUGUCACAACUUCAUUCUAUUGAAAAUACAAAAAUUUCUAAAGAUUUUCCACCGCAAGAUUUUACUAAACCAGACAAAAAGGUCAGCUCUGCUGUAAAAUUGACACUUCCCGCUGUUGUUAAUGUUUAUCCCAAUUUGACGCAGACACACUUGAAAGUGAACGAAAACAAAGUAUUUACGAAUGAACAGAGCACAAGUUCUCUUUCAAGUGACGAUAGCGCUGCAUUGUUACAAAAACAACAAUUGCUUAGGGUCGCUGAAUGGGUAGAAAAAAAUUUAGAACAACAAAAUAAUUAUAAUGAUCCGUUAGAGGACGAGGUCAGUUUCAAUAAUCGAGCGAUGAGACGUGAUAGUAAACUGUCUAGACUAACAGAAACACUAAAUGAAUUGGCUCUUAAUAUGCCGCAUCCUGUAAGUAAAUAUUCAAAGUCUUAUUCUAAAGAUGGUCGCAAUUUGUGGAUCCAUAAUAAAGUCACUCAAAAUGAAGAAAAGUCCGGAAAAUUUAAUUCAACUAAUACGAAAGUUGUUAGUAAUAACGUAGUUAAAGAAACUAUAUUCCCUGUGGAAAGUGAUGAAGUGUCAGUCACUGAAGUGAAUGAUGAAAGUACGAAAAACUGCGUUAGAAAUAAUAUUGAAGACUUUGAUGUAGGCAAAGAACUAAGAGAUGCAUUUAAAUCUAAUAGCGAUAAAGAAAUUACACCUGAAGAUUUGGCAAGAAUGGAGUAUAAUGUGAAGAAGUUCUUGCUGAGUGGACCUCACUGGGUAAAUCCAGGCUCUGUGGGAAGAAGUCGGCGCACUAGUAGCAAAACUGAGACUGAUGUAUAAUUCCAUUGUAGGUUGAAGGUAGUUGUAACUUUCUAUGUUUCGUGUGUUCCAUGGAUUUAAUGUUAUUUGUGAUAGCGGCAUUGUAGCUUCUUUUUGUUUUAUUAUAUAAAAAUAAGGGCUAAAUAUUACAUAGAAUGAUUGAACAUGUCACUGGGCAGCCAUAUUUUGACCAGCAUAUGUUACAUGAUGGAUUUUGUACUUGAAUAUGUUUUCCGUUUUUAUUUAUCUAUUACCCUGCGUUACUAAAUAUUUUGGGUUUAAGGUAAUCAACCUUAUAAAAUGAAACAAUACAAUCGUUGAAGAUAAAAUACAUUGAAUAUUCUUUGAGUUCUUUAUGAGUUUAAAAAUUCUAUAGGGCUUAAUUGUCAGAUGAUAAUAUUAUUACUAAAUUUGUUCCAAAAACUACUGAAGUUAUAAUAUUUUUAAUUUUGAAUUUAAUAUUAAUAAUUUUUAGAAUAGUCCAUUUACCGUAAAAUAUCUAUAUCGGGAACGAUGCGAUCAUUAUAAUAAAUAUGUUCUUUGUAAAUUCUUGUUUAUAUCGCUAAUCGCUAGUUUAUAUAUACAAAAGUAUGCAUUUUAAAUUCCGUUUUUAUUCUAAAAUCUAUGGAAUCCUUUAUUUAUUAGAAUUUCUUAGUCUAUUUAAUUCUUACCAUGAGGUAGUUUUUAUUAAUUGCCAUCUACGGUAAGAAACAUAACGUCGCAGUUUCUGUUGAUUUAUAAAUUUUUAAUUCUAUUUAUACAGUCAUACACACAUUUUACAGGACAUUUUUUUUUUUAAAUAUGUGAACCAUGUUAAAUAACAGUUAAAGUUUAAACAAGUUUUUAAAUAUUUAACGUCGUAUAUUAUCAAUGAAAGACAGAAAAAUUGAUUUCACUUUGUAUUUCUUAGCAAAGACGGUUUCUUGUGCACGCAGUAUAAAUAAAAUUUUUUUUAUGUAUUUAAUCUGUAAAAUAAAGGCUGCCCUAAUCUAGUUUAACGUAGAAUAAAAUCACUAAGAAUUAAGUGGGUGGGGCUUAUUUUUGCACUACCAUGGAAACUCUAUAUUCAAAGAAAUGGAACUUGAAAAUAUUUUUUCUAAAAAUUAAUUACAAAGUUUAUCCAUCGAAUUUGGUUAAUUUCGACGUAGGUGAUAACUAGAUAUUUUAGCUAUAUUUAGUGCAGUAUAAAAGUGCCGAGUUGUCUAGGUGGUAUUAUAAGGCUUGCCUGAUACGUUAAUUCAUGGGUAAAAAAUAGAUGCUUCUCAGUAUGUGAUAAAAAUUAAGAUUUAUCGCUUCAAGUGUUCAAAUAUUUUAUUAGUACUGCUGAAUGAAAAAGUUUUUAUGCUUGUUAAUUUUGUUGAACUUUAAUUUGAGAUUUUUAAGUAGUGUUUCAAUAUAAUUGCGAAUUGCGAACCAAAUUUUUAUUUUUUCAAUAUAAAAAUCAAUAUAAAAAUUUAUAUUUAGGUUGGAUUUGAACGUGCACAUCAAGUCGUAAUCCAUGAUGUAUAAUACCAUAUUAUAGUCGUCUAGACAAAGUAUAAAUGAAUCUACUGAUAGAAUCGUUAUUGCUAGUCAGUCUAUGAGAUAGAAAGAGCCAUGUAAUCUGCCUUAUUUUUGUCAUGUGAGCACUGAGCGAAGCGAUUCAAUCGAUAAAUUUUACAUUUUGUCUACGAGGGCUGAAUAAUUUUCGUCGAGCCAUGUAUGUAAGAAAUAAUCUUACAUCUUUCAAACAAACCAUGCCGUUGAUGUGUACCUAAUAUUAUAUAGUUGCCAAUCUUUUAUACAAAAGUAGAUAUAUAUAUUUUCUUUUUAUGUUUAAUAUUUAUGUUCAUAAAACUUUUUCAUCCAAAAGUUACAGUAAUCUAGACACAUAACUUAUUUAGCUUUAUAACAAUUUAAAAAAUUACUAUAAAUGUAUUUUUCUAAUCUGGCAACUUCUAGGUAAAUAAAACAGCUUGUUAGUGUAUUUUUCGUUACACUUUGUAUAAAAAUAAUAAUUAUAAUGUAUUGUUGAUAAUCUUAAAGAAUAUUUCUCUGUUUUUGGUUUUUACAAUUAUAAAUCUGAUAUUUAUGAUGUUAAUAUCUUUGUCUCUUGAUAUUCCACGUAUAUAUUAAUGUUAGGGUAAUUUAUUGAAUACAGGCAGACAUCAUUAGCAUCCUUUUAAGUUAAAAAAAAAUUAUUAUUCUCCAAAGAAAAAUUAAAAAACAACUUUCUUUACUAAUACGGCGCGUUCAAUUUCAAUUUCAUCGUGUAUAGUAGGCAUGGGUAAUAUAGAUACUGAUCUGAUAUCUAUAUAUCGUGUUCUUCUGGACAAUGAUGGUGAAAAAAUAUCAUUACCCAUAUUGGUUGGAUAUCAAUUUUCGAAUAUGUCUGUUAUACAAUAUUAUUUUUUGGAUAACAAAUUUUUAACAUAUUCGUUAUUGGACCAGUGUAUAGAUAUUGCUAUAUGUUAUCCACCCCCUAGUGUAUAGGUACUUCCGUACCGUCCCAGAUCUCGUCGCUGAAUGAUACUCCUAAGAGGUUGUCAUUUCAGAAAAUUACAUGUACCAAACAGUUUAUAGUCCAAAUGUAUGCCGUCGAUCUAUUGAAUAGUAUAUUGAAAUGUAUAAAUAAUAACAUUAUUAUCUAUAAUAGUUCACUACACAAAGUAUCAUGCCUCCGCUUACACGUAAAACUAUUUAUACAAAAGUAUGUUAUAGUAUAUUAAAUGGGCGUUUUUUGUGUAUAUUUUCCUAAUUAUGUAAUUGAAUGGAAUAUAUUUUUGAAAUAUUAGUUACAAUCGAGUAUACUGUAGCUAGGGUAAAUGAGAGUAUAUUAGUUUGUAGUGAGCAGCCCGCCAAUAUAUAUUCUUGUAAUGUCAUAACAUUAUGUUAAUGUUAUAGAUUUUAGCAUCGACAGAUGUAGCGUAGUUUUGUUCAUUGUGCAUACAUUGUUGACAGACAUUACAAGGAAACAUAUUUUUGACAUCGAAAUUUUGAAUUUGAGCAGAAAAAGCCCUGGUUAACAUGGCUAUUAAAAAAAAGAUUGUAUAUAAAGCUAUACAAUUGUGAAUGAUCUAUUAAUUUCAUUGGUUACGUGUUCAGAAACCCUUAUAUAUACAAUAAACAUUGCGAUCUGGCGACGUUUCUGAUUCAUAGUAUUGUUAUUUAAAAAAGAAAAAAUAUUUGUUGACAAAAUAAAGAUAACAGUAUAAUUGUAAUAGUUUGUAUUACUAGAAAGGCAAAUCAGAUUGUGUCGGGAAUUUUUACGGCGCCCCGAAAUAAUUUCUUUAUAGAAUAUUAUUGUAAAAUUAUAACAACAGUCAUGGUAACAUCAUAUACAGGUAGGUUAUAAUCUUAGGUUAUACUAUACGAAAUUAUAAUAUUUGCAUAAUAGCCGAACUGCUAAGAAAAUUAUAAAAAUGAAAGUUAUACUGAAGGGCUUCUUAAGGGAUUCUUUUUCUAUACGUAAAAAGUUGUAUUAGUCAGGUUUUAUAUAUUUCUUAGUCUGUAACAAUUCUAUGGAUUGGAGUUAGCCAUGAAUCAGAUAAUUGUAAGGAGGAUACUUACGUGUGUGAGAGAGAUAGAUGUACUUAUCUACGCUACAGAUAGAGCACUUGAAAAAAAUCAUAGUAAUUAAUAUUUGGCGGUCUGCUUGGUCCUCUAGUUGUACUGAGCACAAAUUUGGUGUUGUUUGUUGUUAACAUUAAUGGGGCAACAAAAUAACAGUAAUAACAAAACAUUCCUAGCGCAUUUCCAAUGUCGUGUAUUAAGAUCACCUAAAUCAUUUAAAAUUGUUUUAUUUUAAUACUUUAUCAAUUGUUUUAUAAUUUGUAUUUUUUUUAGAAAGUUAAUCAUGAGAAUUUAUAUUUGGCAAAGUUACAUCACAUAAUGAAAAAUUUAUCAAGAUUUUUAAAUAUUUAAUGAAAAAGCUAUUUUUGGAAAUGGGAGUGAACGUUAGGUAUUGAAUUUAAUUUAGAAUGAUGAGUAAUUGAGCAUUUACAAUAAACCCUAUUAUUAGAUCUUCCAUUCAAAAGUCUGAUCUGAUCUGAAUUCACAGUGUGAAAGAAAAAAUUGGUGCUCACUAACUUUUUCAGCAUCAUCACAAGGUAAUCUCAUUGCUAGGUAUUGGUUUCCCAAUAAAAGGAUACUAACCUACUACCACACUAGUCAGAUGAUUUAGUAUAAGUUUUUGUUUUGAUUUUUCUUUAUCAUACUUUAUUGUGUUUUGUUCGCUGAGAUGUCUGAUAUAUGAGGUAUGAUACAAUAUUUUUGGGAUAAGUCUCUACUUAAUAGAAUAAAAAAAUGUUUCUCUCCAUGAUGUUUUCUUAUUUAUAACUUAUUGACGUUGCCAAUGAUUCUCAUGAUGUAUGACGAUAAUAUUGUUUGGUCUCAUUUUUUAGAUUUUUUUUUGUUGUUUUUAUAACAAUUAUCUAGUUUAUAGAUAUAUCUAUAUUUAAACCAAAUUGCUAUGGCUGGUUCCACUGAGUAUAAUAGCUUUAGCAGCGAAUACUUUGUAUUGAUUUAUGCCAUUAUUUAUUAAUAAAUGCUAAAAUAUGUAA